AUGGCACAGCCUAGCGGUGGUCUUCAAGACUCGAGGAGUCAAGCUCCUUCGUUGGCAAGCAGUUCCCGGCUGCAGCGCGGAAUCCCUAGCUUCAAGCUUUCGGACGACGAGCUCGCGAGGUCUAAGAGGUUUCGUAAUCGAGUUCCUAGUGAUGGCAGUCGUGACGGAGCCGGUAGCCAUGAGGGGGGAGGGCCGACGCCCACGACCACCUUGGAGGGCAUACCGGCUCCAGGCCCGCGAAGCGUUUCGUCGUUUACUCUCGCCAGCGACGUCUUCCGCAUGUCGCACAACUCCAGCUGGGGAUCCGGCACGGGCAGCAACUUCUUCGGCUUCGGCCUUCCAAGCGUCGACGGGGAGGGCGAAGAUGCCGUUCAAAGGUUCGAUGAUGCCACGUUCAACGACCUGAAUUUCUUCACCAUGGAGGGCAUUGGACCCAGCGAUCUGCCAGAAACGGCGCCGAGAGAAACGUCGGGCCCCGGGCUAGACACGAAGCCAACCGACACACGCUCCUCUACUGAUGGGGGAGGACCCGAUCGAUAUUCCAUCGAAAGGGGCGGCACUCAUGGCGGUCCUCGCAGUGAUCCCCUUCAGCCGGCCGUUGCCAAGGAAGAAAUGGUGGUGCCAGCGAUCGUCGACGGGACAGGGAGUGCCAGCAACAUCCUGCGUAGGGCGAGUAGCGCCCGCGACGUCCUGAGGUCUGCAAGCAUGAGCGGAAGAGACAGCAACCGUGAUUUCUUGGAAGGGAACGUGUUUGAUCUGGAAGGGGGGCUACCGACCUUCUCCACCGCGAUGGAAGAAUACUUGAACCGUCAGCUGGAAGCGGCCGAGCACUCCUUAGACGAUCCGGCCGGUGACGAGCGUGCUUUCGGAUGCAUGGCCGGUGCCCGCGAUGGUGGUGCUGGCGUCGGCGGCACCGGCGGCACCGGCGCAGAGGGACACUUGGGGGUCGCCGGGAGAGUCGGUGCUUCCCCGAUCGAACACCCGACUCGCUCAGUGGUGGUCAAGCAGGAGUGUCGCCGCUCCCGUGGUGCUUCCGACGGAGUCCUGCAAGGUACCACCCACUCUCAGUGCACGCAAGAGGAGGGGGGAGGUUUGGAGACUAAGGCCGCCGAGCGGCGUACCAGGUGCAAGAGAGGCACGCAACAGCAGAAGCAAAAGCGGUCGAAGCACGAGACGAAGUCCGAGAGCGACGAGUACGCGGACAGCAGCCAGAGCGAGUAUGAGCCCCCUACAUGUACGCCAAGAGAGGGGAAGGCGAAGAAGGGAAGGGGCAGGCGGCGCGGGGCCGCUGCCACCACCGCGACCCGUGCGGCAAAGACUAGCAGCGGGAGCUCCGGGGUACGCACGGCCAGUGUGUCGAGCGCCUUCCUCCGCCGAGGCGGCUCUCUCAAGAGGCAGACAUCCGAGGACGUAGCCGCAAGGCUGCCCCUGGAAGUCUUGGAAUGCUUUUACCACGUUCCUCUCAACGUCGCAGCACAGCAGCUGAACGUGAGCCUCACCAUGCUCAAGAAGCUGUGCAGGGCGUACGGUGUCAAGCGUUGGCCACACCGGCAGGUGAGCAGCCUGGACAAGACGACGUCAAAGCUGGAGGACAAGAUCAAGACGCGUAGGGACGGCGGGAAGGACGCGCCAUCGCUGGUGAGGAAGCUCACGCAGGCUAGAAAGCGGCGCAAGGUUAUCAUCAAGACCGCCAGCGCCGGCCUCGAUGCCAGCGUCCUCAAUUCCAUCUUCACCUGCCGUCCGGGCGACAUCGACGAGGACAUGCUGCUCUCGAGCACCGAUGUGGCCAAGGCGGUCGAGAAAGUGCAGUUCAGGCAAGACGCCGACCACAAGGGCUCUGGAGCUGAGUCGGAUUCGGCCGCUGGUGACAACAGCGACAGCAACAGCGACAGCGACGAUGACGACGACGUGGAGAGCUACGGCCCACGUGCCAAGCCGCCCUCGCCGCCGCCGCCUGCCGCAGCAAAGAAAACAACCCGCAUUCGCGCCGUGUUCGCCGCGACCCCCGCGUUCUGCUCCAAGCCGCCGGCCGUCGCCAAGUCGGUGGCCUCACCUCCGCCAGCUUUCGAGCCCGGCGGCCGCUCGAAGAGCGCCGCCACGCCGAGACCGGGCGUUGAGCCGGGCAACAAGACGGCAGGCAACAAACCGACGUCGGGGAGCCUGGGGAGCGGCGGGAAGCUAUGCAUGAAAGCCGGGCGCCCUGCGGAGGCAGCGAAGAAAACAAAGGGGGACGCGCCGAUGACGGCGAAGGGCCGGAAAGGGGUGACGGCAGCGGCGGCGGGCACGGCGGCGAACCACCGACGGCUGCGAACAGAUUACGGAUGGUCUCUGUUCUUUAUCCACCGGGGGUUUCUCAAGCGAAUCGCUUGGAGCGCGGCUUGGGUGAACAGGACGAGUGAGAGAAUCCGAGGUGCAGGAGGCUUCGCCGCAGACACCUCCGAGAGAAAAGCAAACGUACGUCUGUACAUGUAUGUUUAG